AUGUUUGCCGGAGUCUCUAAUCGACAUUUUGAACAACUGUCACGUACUGCAGAAAACCUAGAAUUCUUGGACAUCUCCAACUGUUCCUCCCUCGAGCAAAGCUCCAUUUUUCAAGCAAAGAAAGCAUUCAGCCGUCUUGAAUACGUGGACAUUUCCGGUAAUCAAGGCAACUUCACAAUUUUGGCAGUGGCGUGCCUGUGCUCCUGUGAAAGUCUUCAAAUGAUCGUAGCGCAUGGAUUUACCUUUCCUGUGGAGGAAUUGUUAUUUCUUUCAUAAACAUUUGAGUCACUUUCAAGCGGAGAGUUGCAAUUGGAACUAGAGGAUGGCUACAACGUAAUAUCCGUGAUGUCAACUUUUGAGGAGGAACUGUUUGACGAAUUCUUUCCUUAAGUCGCUGAGCUCUUCUCAGCUGAAAUAACCCUUUUUUUUAUCGGAACGGUCAUACCUUGAUCUAUGGAAAGACCUUUACAAAUUUCUAGUUCUGUUUUGAUGUAUGUUCUGUUUGAUGUAUGACGAUUUCGUGUGGCGCGGCAAACUUGAUGCCUUCAAUAAACGAGAACAAUACAAAUGGCAUACAGCAAAGUGUCGUGUUACUUUUAACACCCGGGGCUACAGAAAAAAAAAUUAGAAAAAAUACUUCCCCAUAUCCCAUGCGCCUGAGACUUUACUUUCUGGCUAUUUUUCCAACUAUAAUAAAGCAUGUUUUGUCAUAUUUCGCUAAAACGCGCGUUCGGUCGUUCAGGGAUCGAAACAAAUUCAAACUUCGCACUCAAGCUCAUAACAGCCAAUGAGCAAGGCCGAAUGUUAUUUAAUUAAGUAAUUAGCACCUUUGAUUACAACGGAAGAUUUUGCAUCGAACAGGCGUUUUUUGCCUCCUUCUUACGUGGAACAUUACUUAACGUUUUGACAUAAACAUCACGUGCACACACAUACUCAAUAAAAAAGUUAACAGUUGCUCACAGUGGUUUCUCUCCCUUUGUACAAUAGAAAAACACUUCUCUGUAAUUUUUGGUGGCACCUACAAGUGCACACUUAACACUGACUCACAAAAUUUCUAUCAAAUUCAGUUCAAUCAGAUUAUUAAAACCUGAAGCAAAUUACAUCACACUAAAAUACCUCCAUACAAUUCAAUUAGUUCCUAAUAAACAGUUCUGAAUUAAACUAAUUUUUUUUAUACCUACAACUGUGAUUUUAAUUUAAAAAAAUCGUUUUUUUUUCUCUUUAUAUACACAAUAAACAAGAACACACCAACUGCAAAAGAUGCAAACUGAUCCAGAAAAGACAAAAGGCUCUUAUCCCUAAGAGGUAUGUAAAAUAUUUUAUAUUUCAAAUAAUUUUAGCUCAGAGGAUACAAUAAUAUUAUGUAUUCAACAAAAAAAGUUCAAAUUAUCUUUUUGGGAAGAUACGUUUUGCUUUGAGAGGAAAAACUAAAAGAUUCUUAAUUUCGUCACUGCCAGUAACUGUUGACUACAAUUCAGUGGUGUAGUAUUCUAAGUUAAACCAACUUUCUGAACACAAACAAGCAAUGAGAAAUGGUGACAUCAAUAGUCACAUUAAUUGCUGAACACCAUUUAAAGACGAAACAUCAAAUAAACUGGCUGGGACUCUGCAACAGGUGUUAUAUAUUUUACAAACUACUAUUGACAACUCACUUUAGAAACCUUGUUUACUAACUAAAAACACACGCCACUGAAUUGUAGGCAACAGUUACUUACACCGUGCAAAUGACUUACUGAUGAAAUAAAGCAAAAUUAACUACGAGAGUUUAAUACCAUCAACUGAACUAAUUAUAGUAAUUAUCGGCAAACACAAAACGAGCACAACCUUAUCACGUGCAAUCUCCUACUCAGAGUAAAAAUAGUAACUUCCAUAUCUAAAUUUAGCCCAAUGUUUUUCCCGUGAGAAUAUCUUUAAAUACCUCUCAUUUCCUAAUUAACAUAAUGGACUUUGCCUCCUAACAGCGAUAAACUACUGUUACUUUCAAUCAUCUUCUCAAGCCGUAAAUUCGCGAAAAAGACUUCUAUCAACUACUACAACUCAAGUUAUAUUUAAGUGAUUAAAAAUUUCACCCUAACUCAUUACGCACAACUUAACACUCAAAAUUACGCCACAAAUAACACCGCAAUUGACCAAUCAACACCGCAGUUGACCAAUCAACUUCAGUUAUCGGGCUUCGUUCACAAUGUCUCACCCACCAAAAAGAGCAAACUAAGAUCCUUUCCAUACUUCACCUUCUCCUUACAAGUGAGCGAUAACACGAUUCGCCGUGCAGUCUGCUACGAUAAAGAAAAACAGCCAAUCUUUAUAGCAUAUGAAGAAUCAAGACAACCUGCCAUUCUCACUAAUGUUACACAAAAACGUAGUCUUCUCGACCCUUCCCAAGACGACCUCAUCGUCAACAAACGAUCUCGCAUACAAGACGCAUCCAACACUGACAUUGACUUCGAGUAUCUCGAAAACUCUCAAGUCCAUGAUGCUAAUACAGUCACCUUGAUUGGCAAUAUUCCCUCUCUAGCUGAAAACAUCAUCACGUCAAUACAAGGAGUUGUCACUAUGUCCCUUGAACACAUCAAAGAAGUUACCACGAAAACAGCUGAUACUAUACCUAUGUUAGACCACUUUGUUGUCACUGACAACACAGGCACCAUUCGCCUGACGCUAUGGGGAAGCACUAUCAAGGAGAUCACCAACAACAAUUCGUACAUGACAACAAAUCUUCGCGUCAAAUCCUUUGACGCUAUGAAAUACUUAACUACCACUCCAACCACUACCAUCCAGGGAAUAGAAGAACAGACAGAAGACACCGACACCGACAGAAGAGUGUUUCGACAAUUUCUUUAA